AUGGCUUCUCUAUUCUCCUACAUCCCAAUCGUCAACCGCUUUGUCGGCGGCAAGGGACCGCAGUCCAUCGACAUCUCACCAGUUGAGGUUCACAAUGUGGAGACAGCUCCAGAGAAACGUCCCAGGACGCUGAAGCACCUUCUGAGAGCCAACCAUGUCAACCACUCUAUCCUGUAUCACCACUUGCAGUACCACAAUCAUCUACCCCAUAUCCUGUGCUCGGCGUAUCUUCUUGGAGCAAACGAGCAGCAGUUGCAUGAGAUAUACAGUGUCGAGGCGAAAGAGCUCGAGCCAUGGGAGCCGUCACCUCAGGAGGUCACGGAGGGCGACUGGCGAGAUUUCUUGGGUGACGAGAAGUACCAACGGGCGUAUGUGGAUUUCUUCGAGGACUCCUUAGCUAUGCGGCACAAGUACGACUGGAAGAAAGUUGUGGAUGAGUACCUGUUCCACGGCGAGAAGCCCUUGGUGAACGGCCUCAUUGGCGGAGUUGGGCAUCCUCUGAUUCAUUUGGGCUACGCUUUCGAGAUGGCCAGUCAAGAAAUUGCCAUGGAGGCUUUGGGACUGGCAGCCACGCAGUACAACUUCCUCCACAAAUAUCUAGACGAUCCGGCCUAUACGAAAACAUCCUUGAUUCAAUCGACAUCACCCAUGGAGCUCUUUGAGAAGAUGGCCAGUGAUAAACGUUUCGACGGCCUCUUUAAGGAGCCGGGUUACGAGAACAUCGCAGCCCUAUUUGACAAGCAUGAGGAUUUGGUCUUGGAGUACUGGAAUGCCUGGUCUCUCGAGAACCCUGUUAAGCAAUUCCAGGACUCACAGGAGGCCGCAGUGGCAUUCCUCGUUGCGUCAGUCCCGCCAGGAACUCACUCGUACAAUUUCUUCGUCUGCCAUGUGCUUACCACAAGCCACGCUGUGAGGAUCUUACUGCCUUUCACACCGAAGAAGUUCCAUGUAAGCUUGGUUCGACAGUGGUGGCUAUUGACCAUUGCCGUCUACGUUGCCGAACUGAGGCCCAAGAUCGACCCUGAUUAUAUCCGACCGGGGGACGUUGCGGGGAAGCAAUGGAAUUACGUCGAGGACAGGGCAUUGAAAGGCCCCUAUUGUACGGAUCCUCAUUUUGUGAAAGCAAUCCGAGCGAUGAAAGAGGCGGCCAGAACUUGGGGUGACGUUCAUGAAAAGUACCUUGCUUCGGCCGUUAGUCACCUGGCCAUUUACUGGUUUGCGAUGCCACCGCCAGCCAAGCGCCAGAAGCGCAAUGUAGUCACGUCCGAUGACGAAGGGGAGACGAAAUCAAAACCAGCAAACACCCUCGCGAAUUACCUUUUCUCCUCUCCCGACCGACCCGGGUAUUCUACGUCGAACGGGGCGAGACCGGCAUCGGCAUCUCCCAGUCCAGUCACGAGGAAGGCACAGAGACCGACGUCCAGCACCGGCAGUCAGAAUGCCAGAUUCGCAGUCAAAUCUCUGCAGCCGAUGAGCAAUGGCUCGGCUAGCAACGGGAAGAAGAGUGCUAGCACGAGUCCCGAGAAGCCGCGAACUCGAGCGAGCAAGACAAAGCCCGAGGCCAAAGGCAAGACUGCAGACCUGAAGACGUUGUUCUCUAGGCAAGCCGAGCGAGCCCCCGCAGCUUCACCGACCAAACUGGAAGACAUCUUGAGCGACCCGAUAUCCGAUGACGAUGAUGGGGUUAUGGAGCAUAGGGCCGCCACUGCGAGCCACAUUGGGAAGAACGCGCAGAAGCGGUUUAAAGAGACAGCACAGAACAGCUUGGAAUCAUCUCUGACAGCAAGCCAACGAUUUCUGAAGCCUCCGCGGCUUUCGCAGCCUUCUCGCAACCCGGCGUUAGACGACGACCAGAGACCUUGGUCAGAACGCUUCGGGCCUGUAAACCUCGACGAGCUCGCAGUGCACAAGAGGAAAGUGGCAGACGUGCGUAAAUGGCUUGACGACGUCAUGGCAGGUAGGAUGAGGCAGCGGCUGUUGAUUCUAAAAGGGGCUGCAGGAACAGGCAAGACCACCACGCUGCGACUGCUUGCCAAAGACAUGGGCUGCGAGCUGCUUGAGUGGAGAAACCCAACAUCCUCCGGUGGCCUUGGAUUUCAGUCCGCUUCAGCACAGUUUGAGGAGUUCAUGGGCAGGAGCGGGAGAUUCAGUCAGUUGGAGAUCGACUCGGACUCAAUGCCAAAUUCAGGCCCCUUGGCUGGCAAGGGCAGUAAUAACUCUCGCAAGAUCGUCAUGAUCGAAGAGUUUCCCAAUACAUUUACGCGGUCGUCUUCUGCACUUCAGUCAUUUCGGAGCGUCGUCAUGUCGUAUCUCGUCGCCAAUACCCCGUCGCUAGCUGCGUUCGGACAGCCGUCGGCAAAGGAUCCUAUUACGCCUGUUGUCAUGGUAAUAUCAGAAACACUACUAACAACGACCUCGGCAUCAGCAGACAGUUUCACAGCGCAUCGACUACUUGGUCCUGAGAUCACGAGACAUCCAGGCGCAGGGGUCAUCGAGUUCAACGCAAUCGCCCCAACGCUUCUUGCAGCAGCUCUGGAGCUUAUAGUUCAGAAGGAAGCACGAAAGUCUGGUCGGAAGCGCAGUCCAGGGCCUGUGGUGCUCAAGCGACUGGGCGAGAUCGGAGAUAUCAGAAGUGCGGUCUCUUCACUCGAGUUCCUGUGCUUGAAAGGCGACGCCGAUACGGAUUGGGGUUCCAGGAUCACGUUCGCCAAGCCUAAAAGGAGUCUCAAGAGCAACGUGGCCUUGACAAAAGCCGAGGAGGAAACGUUAGAGCUCAUCUCGCAGAGGGAAGCGAGCUUGGGCAUUUUUCACGCCGUUGGCAAAGUAAUGUAUAACAAAAGACACGAGGCACCAAUGCCAACGACGACUGAAGAAGGCAGAGCUGAGCUAUUGCCAAGCUUCAUGGCCCAUCAUUCUCGUUCCAAGAAGUCAGAAAUCAUUGUCGACAACCUCAUAGACGAGACAGGGACUGAUACCCACACUUUCAUAUCCGCCCUACAUGAGAACUACGUUCUGUCCUGCGCUCCUACAGGACCCGCUGAUCUCUCCUCAUCAGUCGACUACAUCAACGAAUGUGUCGAAUACCUCUCUGAGAGUGACCUGUUGUGUCCGUCGUCUGAUAUAUUCUUCGGCGGAAGAGGGUUCGGUUCUGGGGGCUUUGGUGGCAGAGACUCGGCAAGCCAUAUAUUACGACAGGACGAGAUCACUUUUCAUGUCGCCACACGUGGGCUUCUUUUCUCGCUGCCGAAUCCCGUGAAACGGAUCGGAACAACUUCACAUAGAGGCGGAGGUGAUGCAUUUAAGAUGUUCUACCCUACCAGCUUGAAACUCUGGAGGGACAAAGAGGAGUUGGAGAGUGUCCUGGAUCUCUGGUCCACAAGGCUCUUGAAAGGGGAAGAAGAAGGAACGACACAUAACCUUACAGAUGGAGCCUCAGCAUUUCGAAAGCCUAAAGCAACCGACGUAGGUGGCUGGAUCAACAAGCAGGGCUCGCAGAAGCCCUUUGAUCAACGCAGAGAGUCUACCCAGGAACAGAAGCAGGCCGCUCCUCUUCUGUCACUCGGAAGUGCUGCCCGGAAUGAGCUACUUCUUGAACGUCUCCCUUAUAUGACACAUAUUGCCCGACGUAAGAAAACCCCCACAAACAGAUUCGAGCUGAAGGAACUUGAAAGAAUUGUUUCGUUUUCCGGCAUCAACGGAGCGGGAGAUGAUGAAGCUGUCGAAGGCGAGGAAACGAAUGCCGCUGAUGGCGAAGCGUGGUCAACAGAUAAACCUACGGAAGAGUCAUCCCCAAGGAAAAGAAUGGGAAUCCGCACAAAGAAGGAAGACACGGUGCCUGUACUUUCUGUACAGUCCCUGGUUAUAAGUGAUGACGACAUAGAGGAUGAUUGA